AUGGUUUUGACCAUGGGACAACAGUUGUCCCUCGUCAUAAAUCCUUGCGUGUGCCCAAGGUUGGUAGCACAAGAGAGAGAGAGAGAGAGACAGAGGGACAAAUGGAGGAAGAUAGAAGUUCAAAGAAAAGGAGCAGAGGGGAUCAGAAUGGUGAGGGGCAGUGGAAGCAAUGGAGGGACAAAAAAAUCGAAAGGGCAAAAAAAAAAAAAAAAAGAAAAUUCCUGCGAUAAGAGAUCACGAGGAGUAGUCGUGGCUCUUAAUUUCUUUUUUUUCCUUCUGUUAUUCGGAAUAUGGGAGAUGGCCUUGGUGGGACAAAAGAAGAAACGUGAGCUGUGCUGCAAAGAGGGACAAUCAAAAUCACGAUCUCUUCAGUGCGCCAACGGUACCCGGAAUUUUUCUUAUCGAUACAGCGUAACUACUACCUUCGUCACGAAUUGGUACGGAAAAGAAAAAUUUGCCACGCGAAGGAUGCGCGCACACGUGCAGAUUUUCCGGAUGGAUAGCCGGAAGAGGGACAAAAAGAGUCAUUUUUUCUUGUUACCAAAGUUUUUGGGCCUCUCAAAGAAAAAAAGAUAA